AAUUGUCAACAACAUUUUUGAAUUUUUGCUUAGCACGUCUUUGUUUGCAUAUUUUUGAGGUUUUGUUAUUAAAAAAUACUCGAAUUGUGGAGAAAAUUGAUUAAUAAUUAGUCCUUUUUUCGCCAACAACAGCGAAAAAUGCGAUUGUUAACGUUUAGCAUUCUCAAAAACUGCAAAUUAAAACCUUCACUGUGUAAGAUUUACCAGAAUAUUAGUGUUGAUUUUUCCCAAAGUAAAAUUGAACCUUUAGCUGAAAAAUUACCAGGUGAUACAAGCUAUAUAGAAAUACUACCAUCUUGGAAACCAGAUGAAGCUCCCGAGUUACGGCUUGACAUCCUACGGCACAUGCGCAUCUUGCCUAACUUUGUAACUGAAGAGGAGGAGUGUGGUAUACUUGCAGAGGUGGAGCCCCAGUUGAAGAGGAUGCGAUAUGAAUAUGACCAUUGGGACAAUGCCAUCGAAGGCUACCGUGAAACAGAACGCGGCAAAUGGAACGAGCAGAACGAGGCAAUUAUAUCUCGUGUAAGAGAAGUUGCAUUCGCACCAAAUUCCGAGUUACUACCCUACGUUCACGUGCUAGACCUGGCCGCGGCUGGCCACAUCAAACCUCAUGUGGAUGCUGUUAGAUUCUGUGGCGACACAAUAGCUGGGCUGUGUUUGGCGUCGAGUGCUGUGAUGAGGUUGACCCACGAGAAGAAGCCCCACCUGGCCUUGGACGCUCUAUUGGAGCGCAGGUGUCUUUAUAUCAUGAGUGGUGUGGCUCGGUACUCGUUUUCGCACGCAGUGCUGGGGGGCGAGCAUAGUGUGUGGAGAGGAGAGAGGUUGCCCAGGAGACGGAGAGUCGCCGUCAUAUGUCGCGAGCAGCCCCGACCGGAGAACAGACAAUAGUAUUACUAAAAUUAAAUAAAAAAAUACAUAUAAUAAAAUUGUAGAA